CGCAGUUAUGGACUCUGGUGAACUACGGUAUAUAUUCGUUGAUAUAAGUAUGGCGUAGGGCGGUGUCAUGUGUCACUAUUUCGAUCGAUAAUUGUUUUAACGAUAGUGUUCAAGCCGAUCGUUGAGCGUCGCCCAUUUUAUGUAUCAAUAGACACUGUGCAUUUUUCUAUUAUGCAUUACCCAUUAGAAAUUAUUCUCGCCCUAUUUACGUGAGGAAAUGCUAAUCAAACAGAACAAAGAGGUUAUAUAGAGUUCUCAUUUUGACAGGCGCGAACACCGAGCUCUGUGGUGGGACUAUAAGGAAAGGCGGUUAAAAAGUCGCACAGUAGAAGACUGACCGUCGUUAGUUGAACAGAGUUUGAACUCGUAGUAUAUUGAGCUUCAGUGACACUUAUUAACUAUUUUUUAUUUUCUGAAAUCGUAAAUAAAUACUUAUCAGAAUAAAGAUAACAGAUAAGAAAAACAAUGACCGAGAUGGAUAAUAAAGAGACAGAACACAUUGUCAUGACACCAAAAUGUAAAACUGCAAAUUCUACAACACUUAUAAUAGAAAGGCAAUUUCUAGAACCACCAGCAAAAAAUGAAAAUGAAAAUAAUGUUCACAUUGCUGGAGGGGAUCAUAAAGGAAUAGUUAUUAAUAAGCAAGCAGCUUCUGUUACAAAUGGUGAAAUUCAUCCAGCACAUCUUUGUUUACAAUUCAGAGUAUUUUUGGUAAGUGCUCAAACUGGAAAACACACGCAGGAAUCAAGAACUCUUCAAUUUUGGUUUUCUGGUACAUUGUUAGAGAGUGAACAUCCUAGUGUAGCACAAGAAUUUUUCAGGGAAUUAGUGAGUCCACAAGAAUUUCCAAGAGAUUAUGUUGGUUUUAUAAAAAAAAUAAUGAAAUUAAUGUUACACAAGUACUCCACUAUUAAAAAGAUAGAAGUAGAAUUGAGACAGCUUGAAGAACCAAUAACUCUUCCAGCUAGACCAUCUGAUACUGGUCACAUACAAUUGACACUUCCAUAUAAGAAAAUUAUUUGGAAAUCAGUGUCAACAGAUGAAACAGUUAUGGGACAAGUAAUUGAACUGACAUUAGAAAAAGUAUUAGAACUUAUUGAGUCAGCUUAUCCAAAUCCAGUAACAGUUACUGAUAUGGCAAAAGAACAUGGGUGGGAUCCUUCUGCUGUUGAAAUAAAGUUAAAAGAAUUACAAGAAAAGGGUGUUGUUAAAGCAAUGGAACAUGGAGCUUUCACUAGAGUUGUGCACCAAGAUACUCAAGUUCAAGUCGUAAAACAAAUGCCAACUAUGGCAAGUGCAAAACAACCAACUAUAGCAAUUAUUACUGCACAAUAUUGUGAGAAACUGGCAGUUGAUUCAAUGAUUGAAAACAAAGAGACGUUUGUUCGUUAUACAACUGUUGGUACGGCAAGUUCACCUGAUGCGACAGACGGAGUACCGCGAGUGAUAUGCCGUUUCGGUGAAUCAAAUGUUUAUACAUUAGGUAAUAUUGGUGCACACAGAAUUGUAUGUACAAAGCUACCAACUGUAGGUCAUACAAGAGAAGCAAUGACUGCAGCAGGAAAUACAACUACUAGAUUAUUAGGUACAUUUCAAAAAGUGGAUUUCGUUUUUCUAAUCGGAAUUGGAGGAGGUGUGCCACAUUAUACAGAUUAUAAUAAACAUGUACGACUUGGUGAUGUGGUUGUUUCAUAUCCUGCUCCUGUUAACAAAAAAUACAUCUAUGCUUAUUGUGAAAGUGCAAAGAUGAACGAAAGUGGUGAUUAUCAUUUUGAAACCAAAGAAUACUGCCCACCAAAUUUAUAUCUUCAAGAAAUUGCUGCCAAUCUUAGAGACCAAUCGGAGAAUGAACCAAAUCCUCCAUGGCAAAAGUACCUGAAAGAAGGUUUAGAUGCAUUAAGUAAUCAAACGGAACAUGAUUUUAAAGCACCACCGCCGGAAUCUGAUAAAUUAUAUAUGGCUAUUGGUGAAAGAGAUGUUAUUGAAGUUGCACAUCCUACUGCGCCCUCCGAUGCUGUAAAUAAAAGGGUGGAUGGUUGUUCACGCAUUCAUUUAGCUCCAGUGGCAUCCGGUAGACAUAUCGCUCGCGACGAUCAACUUAGGCAGAAAUUUGCGGCUCGUUUUCGAGCCCUCGCAUUCGAUGCAGAAAUGGACGCCGUAGUUGAAAGUAUUUUGGGUAAUUGCCGUGAAAGUUUCGCCGUUAUUCGAGGUAUUUCUGAUUACAAAGAUGGCUCCCGUAUAAAAGAAUGGCAGCCCUUUGCGUCCUUAGCUGCUGCUAGCGUGAUGAAAUCUAUCAUUUGCGCUAUGGAUCCACCCACUAACGUGUAAUAUCCUUAUUGAACGUUGCUUUUCCUUUCAUUCCGCAUAGUAUGUUAUGCGUAAGAGUAGUGUAAUUUUUUUGCAAUUUCUAUUUUAUGCAGCCCUUCUAUACAAGGUGGACCAACUAUUUUUAUUCAUUUAAAAUAAUUAAUGCGCUUGAGGUAAAUCAAGCGCGAAAAUUGCAUAAUAAUUAUUCAGUGAACAAUUUAGUUUUAUUUUCUUGGGUCACUUAAUAGAUGUCGCAUUGAAAAUGCGACAUAAAUCAAUCAUUUGUCUUACGAUCAUCAGAAAGUAUGAUUGUGAUUGAAACUUAUGAUAGUAAGAUGCACCAAGUGCAUUUUAAUUAAGGAAAUUAUAGUUAGUACGAAUGACUCUUUAAAUGGUAGGAAUCAAUAAUAUAGUACGCUCACGCUUUCUAAAUCAUUUCUAUAUCGCUCAAAAAUUAUACACCUAAUGAAUGAAAAUUCAUUUUGAGACAGCUGUUUGGAGAACAUUUUUUACAAUCUUUGCAUUUAUAAGGAACGUAUACCUUUUCAAAACUAUUAAUCUAAUAUUUAUAUCCAUUUGUACUGUUAUUAGUUUUAUGUAAUUUUGAAAAUUUUAUAGGAUUUAUAUGCAAAUAUUAUUCUUUUAUAUUGCUUAAGUACGAGGUUGAGAAAUUAAUGUACAGUAUCGAGUACAAUAGGCUCCCCUAAGGAAAAUGGCGUUACAGGGACCGCUUGUGAAAAGCGAUGGAAACUUGAGGAAGGGAAAGUCUCCGAGGAGGAUCGGGAAUCCAAAAAUCCGGCCAGGCCCGAGGGGGCAAUUGUCAUUUUCCCCAGGGAAGCCUACCAUUCUCAAUACUAUACAAGACUAAUCAGUUCAGUGAUCUUAAGACUGGUGCCAUUUUCAUUUGCACACGCGUAGAUUCUUUAAAAGUCUAUUACAUAGCAAAACAAUACAUUUCACAAUAUGAGAGAUCAUAAUUUUUACAAUAGUUAUAUAGUUUAAUUAUUGUAAUAAUAAGGUCCUCGAAUAUCAAAUCUUAUCGGACAGGAUCCGAAUUAAAAUAGAUAGAACCAUGAAAAGCUUUAAAUGAAGCCUUGGGUGUAGUCAGCAAAACAAUUUAAUCGUAGAAUGUGAUAUCUAACAUUGAAAGCAGAAAGUAAUUUGGCAGUAUUUAUUGAAACGCAAUCAAUGUGUCGUUAAAACAUUGUCAUAGGAAAUAUUACAUGUUUAUCAGAGUAUAUUGCCGUUUCAAACAGAGUUGCCGACUUUAUUCGUGGGUCAUAAAUGUGUAUAUCCACAGAAUUGGGAGAGCUAAAAAAGUAUAAAUAUAUGAUACCGUCCGAAGGUUUGAUUGUACUUUCAGAAAUAACAGAAGCAUAGCGAAUAUUUCUAAGUAUGGUAUCCCUUUUCAUAAACCUAUUAAAUACAACAAGUGAAAGAUAUGCUUUCACUAAAAUCAGUACAUAAAUACAAUUUAUUUGUA